AUGGGCUGCGGGAUUCCGAUCAUCCACGUUGAUAAGGAGGAGUUGAAGCGGAAGAUCGUGAUUCCGGCGAGGCUGAGGAGGGCGAUGGCGGCGGCGAUGGAGAAUAAGGAUCCGAGCGUCGAGGGUCUCGAGAAGGGGGAAGGGGAUGAGGAUGAGGAGAUCCCUGAGGUUCCGAUGGUGGUUUUUAUCAAUCCGAGGAGCGGGGGGAGGCAGGGGACCGCUCUCAAGGCCAAGCUUCUUGAAUUCAUGGGAGAGGAACAGGUCCUGGAUCUCACAGUUACAAAGCCUCCUGACUUUUUUCAGUAUGGCUUGGCUUGCUUGGAGAACCUGGCUUCCCUUGGUGAUGAUUGUGCCAAGUCUGUUCGUGAAAGUUUGAGGAUUAUGGUUGCUGGUGGUGAUGGUACAGUGGGGUGGGUGUUGGGAAGUGCUGGGGAGCUUCAUUUGCAGAAUAGACUGCCAGUUCCUCCAACUGGCAUCAUUCCUCUUGGAACAGGCAAUGAUCUUUCUAGAACCUUUGGUUGGGGUGGUUCUUUUCCUUUUGCGUGGAAAUCAAUUAUUAAGCGUGUUCUUCUUAGGGCUGCUACUGGUACAACCUCUCAUCUUGAUAGUUGGCAUGUGACGGUUUCAACGCCAGAUGGAGAAACUUUAGAAUUGCCACACGCUCUGAGGCGCAUGGAUCAAUGCCCUUUUGUUCAGGAUGGGGCUACUGUUGGAGGAGAGUUAGUUGAAAGAUCGUGCUUUGAAGGAGUAUUUUACAACUACUUCAGCAUAGGGAUGGAUGCCCAAGUUGCUUAUGGCUUCCAUCAACUACGUGAUGAAAAGCCACACCUUGCACAAAAUGCGAUAGCAAACAAGUUGAUUUAUACUGGAUAUAGUUGCACACAAGGAUGGUUCCUUGUACCUUGCAUGAGUGAUCCGAGUCUAAGGGGACUCAAAAACAUUCUGCGGAUAUAUAUCAGAAGAAAUGAUAGCUCGGAUUGGGAGUUUCUUCCAGUUCCUUCAAGCAUCAGAGCCGUGGUUGCAUUAAAUCUUCAGAAUUAUGGAAGUGGGAGGAACCCCUGGGGUCAACUCAAACCUGAAUAUAUGGAAAAGAGAGGCUUUACAGAGGCCCAUUCCGAUGAUGGUCUGAUUGAGAUCUUCGGUCUUAAGCAAGGGUGGCAUGCAACUUUUGUAAUGGCUGAACUCAUAAAUGCGAAACACAUAGCCCAGGCCGUAGCAAUUAGGUUGGAAAUCAGAGGAGGCGAGUGGAAUGAAGCUUUCCUGCAAAUGGAUGGGGAGCCAUGGAAACAACCGUUAAACGACGAGUAUUCAACUUUCGUGGAGAUUGUGAGGGUGCCAAGUCAAUCAGCCAUGAUAGAUGGAGAGUGAUCUUCUUUCAAGAAAGCCUCCCCCUGUUGUUCAGUUGCAAGCAAUUUCUAGCAUACCAUGUCCUUUUUUUUUCCAUCAAUACAAGUGCUGUGUAUAAAUGUCAUUAUGGUACCUGAUUGAUUUGUAUCCUCUCCCAAUUCAUUUAUUUGAUCAUGUAUAUAUUAGCAGUAUCAAAACAAGUGGCCCGAGAGUAUCAUGUGUAAAAAUAGCAACUCGCUGAAAGAAAGAAAUUAAGGUUCUGUGUAUGUUUAACUAUA